CUCUCGACCUCGCUUCCUCCCUCCCAUCGUGCCCUGCCUUUUCCUCACGACCUCGCCGCCACGCUCGCGUCUCGCCGCUGAUUGCGGUCCCCCAUGGAGUCGUUGUUCCAUCGUCUUCCUGUAUUUGUGCUGCUGAUAUGUGUAACUUGUGUUUCUCCAGGUGAAGGCGGUCGAGCACGCGACCGAGAUGGAGGCGACGGUGGCUGCCGCGGAGGCCGAGGAGGAGGAGGCUGCUGCUGCGGCUUCGACGCCGCAGCGGUCUGGGAGGAAACGGCCCCGCGCGAUUGGGAGUGGGCGCAUAGCACUCGCCUCGUCUCGCUGUCGGCUGCCGCUGGUGAUCCUGCUCCCUGUGGCAUUGGCCCUAGCCAGCAGGCAGGCAGUCGGCCAGGGACGGAUGGACGGAGACGACGGAUGGAAGCCGCAGCCACUAGCCAGCCACACCGCAGACCGCGCAUGCAGGAGAAAGAAGCGGUGUUUGCAUGGACUGGGAUUGCCGACUUGACUGCGGAUUGACGGGGACAGGUGGGAGCCAGAACCGCCCGAGGACCCUCUUCUCCUCGGCCAAGUGACCCACACCGCAACUGGAACCCUCUUCUCCUCAUCCGACGACAGUGGUGGCCACUGCUCCGGCCAGGCAUAGCAUAGGCAGCCUGUAGCUUCUUCUACGCCUAGCCAUGGCCUGGCAACCUGCUACUCAAGAGCUCCUCCUGGUUACACAAGCCAAAAAAGGUAUCCCAUACCCACGCUACUGCCUACACCUACGAAACCUGCUUAUCCUGCUGCAAUUUCUGCUUAAU